CCGUUGCCUUCAUUGGUUUCCGGCGAAGUAGAGUCGGAGACGCCUGCCGCUCUCUCUCACGUGAGACACCCCAUUUGCCUUCUCUAGCACCUUUCCUUCCGUUCUCAUCAUUUCUUUCCUGGGCUCGGCCGAGAUCUCCCACCAACCUCACCCGUUUGACCUCCAUUGCCAGAUCUUGUGCUCUGAUCCACCUCCACCUCCACCAUGUCGUUCAUCGAGACCUUCUUGUGUAGCGCCUUCGCUGCUUGCUUCGCCGAGUUCUGUACUAUCCCUUUGGAUGCUGCCAAAGUGAGGCUGCAGCUUCAGAAGAAAGCCCCAGCUUCUGAGGGAAGUCCUAAGUACAGGGGUUUGCUGGGUACUGUUGCGACUAUUGCUCGGGAGGAAGGACUAUCAGCUCUGUGGAGUGGCAUUAUCCCAGGAUUACAUCGCCAGUGCAUUUAUGGAGGGUUAAGGAUUGGGCUCUAUGGUCCGGUCAAAUCUUUUUUGGGUGGCAGUGACUUGGCCGAGGACACCUCUCUGUUCCAAAAAGUACUUGCUGCCCUCCUGACCGGUGCUGUAGCAAUUGUUGUGGCCAACCCUACUGAUCUCGUCAAAGUCCGGCUUCAGGCCGAAGGAAAGUUACCAGCCGGGGUGCCUGGGCGUUAUUCUGGAGCUUUGAAUGCUUAUGCCACAAUAGCGAAGCAGGAGGGACUAGGAGCUCUGUGGACUGGACUUGGACCAAACAUAGCACGAAAUGCUGUUAUAAAUGCUGCUGAACUUGCAAGUUAUGAUCAAGUUAAAAUGACGAUUUUGAAAAUUCCAGGGUUCGUGGACAAUGUCUUAACUCAGAUUCUGGCUGGUUUAGGGGCUGGUUUCUUCGCCGUAUGCAUUGGGUCUCCCAUAGAUGUGGUGAAAUCGCGAAUGAUGGGAGACUCGACUUAUAGGAGCACUCUUGAGUGUUUCAUGAAGACUUGGAAGCAUGAGGGAAUUUUUGCCUUCUACAAGGGCUUUCUUCCCAACUUCGGACGGCUCGGAUCAUGGAAUGUGGUCAUGUUUCUCACUUUCGAGCAAGCCAAGAAGUUUCUCACAGGAGCAGCAUAAGAAUAAGAAGAAUCUUUGCUCGUUUAAAGCUAUAGCAAAGCUUAGGACAGUGCUUGCACUGGAUGUUCAAGCUUGGAAACUGUCUGAUGGAAGAGAACCACACCAGAGGACACUCUCCUCAGUACUAUGCAUGAAAGUAGGCAUUUAUAGAAAUUGCUGCAGUGGCUUGUGAUUAAAAGGUGGGAUCUUCGCAUUUUUUUUCCUGGCUUAGGUGUAUGAGAAUCUCUGCCGGUUGAAUUAUACCACUAGAGGAUGUUCUACAGAUUGUUUCUGCUAAGAUUAUUUCAGUGUUGUUGGAUUGCUGCAAUUCGAGUAGGAAGAUACAGUGAUUAUUGUCUGUAAUUUAUUAUGGAAAUUGAAAUUCUUGAAGUUAUAAAUAAAAAGCAAAUUGUUUCUCGA